GGUGUUUCCUAUUUGACUAAUUAGCGGAGGUGUUUGGGCUUUUGUGAAUGGGACGUCAUGUGAACCUGAGAGGAGAAGCGUUACUUCUGUUUGUUUAAUGAAAAAUUGACUGUAAAAAAAAAACUUGGCCGUUGUUGUUGCUGUCAUCCCUCUGUGGUGUUUUAUUCUGACAGGUUGAGCAAGCAAGAACGCGAAAAUGGACGAUGGAGGCAAACAGCCACACACAUUUGGGAGUGGACAGCAGAGAACUCACCAUCCCAGACCUUUUUUCUACGUCCAGCCACCAUCUCAACCUUAUUACCUGUACCAGCACUGGCAGCUGAACAACCCAUACAGUCACUAUGGUUUGCCUGGAGGUUUUAACUUCAGUCGUCCCUGCAUGCACCCUUACCAGUACAUGCAGUAUCCUGGCUUUGUUUUCCCACAUGCUCCACUUUAUCCGAUGGAUUACAGGCGAAUGUUUGAACCUCGGUUCCACGCUCCCACCUGGACUGACAUGCCUCGCCAGCAGCAACAGCAGCAGCAGCAGCCCCAACCCCAGGGGCAGCGUCGAGAAAUGGCCUGCUCGGAGGCCCAAACAGACCCCAGCGAUGCCAUAACCAAGCUCAUCGAAUGCCUGGAUAAAAUCCGAGCCAGCGAGCUGCAGCAGGGCGCCGAGAAGGAGCUCGACUCUGGCGUCGCCUCCCAGUCCUCGGGGAUGUUUUCUCCAGGUGAGGAGAAGAAGGGUGAAGAGCAGGGUCACGUUCUGCCUUUGGCGCCGGAUGACAGUCGCCUGGAGUGCCCUGCUGUGACCUUCAGCGACUCCACGACAGCGGUGUACGACGGGGAGUCCAGCCAAAGAAGCCUGGACACCCUGAGCCCUCAGGGAUGUUGGGCAGGAGCCUUGGAAGAGGAGCUGCCUCUCGAUAGUUCCUCUGUUCACGAGGAGUGUCCUGAGCUCGAGCAGCCAGCAGGAGAUGAGCACUUCCUCCCUCUGGAGAAAGAGGAGGUCACGGAUAUCCAGUCAGAUAUCUUCGCGACCGAUGCAAGUGUUCCCAAAUGUGGUGCUGAAGGGCUCCUGAAGUUGACACCCGAGGCUAAAAGCAGCGACAAAUGCUCAAAGACAGAACAUCAGACAGGAUCUACUGAUGAAGCCAAAUCCAAUCCGAGCUACCAGAUCCUCAAGCUGCCGUUUGACAGCGUUUUAACACCUGGAGCUGCAGGAGCUGGCCGCCUCUCCUCCCCUGUUGCCCCCUACUACUACAACUACCUCUCCCUGCAGACCACCCAUGAGCGGAUGAGUGUCCUCAGCCCGUCUCUCGACGAGCUCUCCUCCAGAGACGAGAUGUUCUCCACGGACCUGGACGACGUGGACCUCUUCCCAAAACAGGUCUACACGGGCAGGAGGCUCGCCGAGGUCGUCGGCGCGUCUCAUCAAGCAGCCGAAGAAGCGGAAGAAGUGUGGCUGCCGGGUUCGAAGAGGUUCAUGUGCGCCUGCUGUGGGAAAAACCUGGCAAAGGGCGCAGGUAGGAGCAAAGUCCACAGCUCAAAGGUGUACAGAGACGAAGCCGGAGACUCCGAGGAGGAAACCAGGUACGGAAGAGGGUGUGAGCAGCCGGUUAGAGUCGUCGUGAGGAAGCACUCUGCACCCAGAAAGCCUCAUCCUGCCCCACCGAGACAUCCAACAAAACCCUGGUAUAAAAGAGGCCAGUACAAAGAUCCAACAGAUCCAUUCGACCAGGACGAAGGUCAUGACCUUUGCAAGCAGGAACAGGGUGACGGUGAGGCCGGAGAGAUGACGAGCAGCGAGCUGCAGUGCAGAACAUGCCAGGACAGACUCUGCAGAGAUGAUCUGACCACUUCAGACCAAGGCAGGUGGGGAGACACCGACGUGAUUCCCAGGAGGAGACAAGCAGGCCCUCUGCAACGACAAGAGAUGGGCGCUCAGAGGAAAGUGAUGUACCACAGGCCAAGAGAUGAGGACAAUGAUGACGACGAGCCGCCACCAUUACACUGGGAGCGAGGCUCUAGCAUGAGAGGAGAACCAAGAUGUUAACGUCCCUGGACUGACUUUUGAACAAAGUGUGUUGAACUGUCCCUAAAAAGGUGUAAAUACUCCAGGAGAAUGUGUUUGAGCACCAGGUGAAAUGCACUGCACAGGAAGCCUCUUUGUGUUGGAUAAAAGUUUAAAACAAAAAAAAAGAAAAAUAUUGUAUAAAGUUUCUGCAGUGACACUGCCUUGCACUAUUGAUUGAUGGAUUUCACAGGCAAAUGGGCUGAAAGGUUGUGUUGCAGAUGACGGUGUGCCACUGUUUGGGGCCAGUCCAAUAAAAUAU